CCUUAGCUUUAUAAACAGCAGAAUUCUUCAGAGAAACCUCAUAGUUCAGUGGGAAUCCAGAGCUCCAGCAGUCUGAACUCAUCCUGGUGUGGAUCGUGAAAAUGUUCUGCUUUGUUUUGCUGGUUUUCUCUUUGUUUCAGCUCACACCAGCUUUACCCGUCUAUCAGAAACAUCUGCUGUCCUGCUGCGAGUCUGCAGAUCUCGUGAACAACUGUCUUAACACCAUUAAAGAGUCUGAGACGGAAGCUGAUGCUGAAAUGGCCACAGGAGAUUUAGAGCCGACACAUUUCCCAGCUCGCCGGGCAGCUAAAGUAGCCCUACAUUACAUCAACACACAACACGGCUCACCCUUCAAAGUGUUUGGACUACAGACGGUGCACAAAGCCAGAGCGGAGGCUGUAGAAACAGGAGGCAGGAAAUAUAACCUGGACUUCUCUGUGAUCAACUGGGCCAAUGAGGGUUCAGGUUUGUUGAGUUGUACAGCCGAGGUCUUUUUUCCUCAGAAUGGUCCACCUGAGGUUCAGUAUAACUGUGACGGACUACAGAAGGUCAACUUUACGUCUGAAGAAACAGAUUUCUUACAGAAAUACAGAGAGCCUGAGAGCCCGCUCACGGCACAAUACAUACCAGGCAUCUACGGUAACAUGACUGAUGAAAUGAAGCCGUUUUGGCAUUUGGCUCGUGUGGCUGCGUCCUUCAUCAUGCUGAGAGAAUCCAGUGAGAAGACAGAGCUUAAUAUGGCACAGGUGGCAAACAUUACACAACAGGUGACGCAUGAGAACGAGUUGAAGUUGAACUAUUAUGUUCUUCUUCAUGACAUGCCCUCACAGGAGAUCAUUCAUUGGAAGCUGUUGAUGUCUUGGUCUCCAGAUGGGGGCGUACGAGUGCUGAACAGUGAAUGGCAGCCGAAAUGCCCUCACGAUGUCCCACCCAACGAUAACAAUACUGAACCUGUGUCAAACUAAGCUCACAGUACAUACAGUGAUCUGAUCAUGAUGACUAAAUAAAGUCUAAAAUCUUACUGUUGACUCACAGGUGUCUGCAGUCUGUAUGCACACGACACGUAUAACUAUUGUGUUAUUCUAUUAUUAAUCCAUUAAAAUAAUCAUUAAUAACACGUGUACACUUCCAAUGUACAAAUAAAUCUAAACUAAUGCACUAUGAAUGUAAAUGUGCUUAUAUUGUGUGAGACUUACGUCACAGCAUUGGUCACAGUCUCUCUGAAAGCGACCUUUGGUUUUCCCAUCACACAUGGACAGUUAUAUUCUCUCUCCAUCCUCUAUAACACACACACAACAACAGCAAAACAUCAUUUACUUUCAUUCGUGUUAAUUUGUCUUAACCAGCUGUAACAGUCACAUGUUGUCAGUCUUAGUUGAACGCACAGCCUUGCAAAGCAUAGUUUAUUUCACUUGUAUUAUAUUACUUGAAUUAUGAAAAACUACAUAAGAGUUAAAUUACAAAAAAGACUAAGUGAUAAUAUUCUGAAAACAUUGUGUAAUCUAUCCAUUUUGUAAUUUCCUGUUUUUGUAUUUUUUGUAGGGCUGUUAAAAGAUUUAUCGCAUACAAAAUAAAAGUGUGUGUUUGCAUAAUUUA